GAUAUUAAGCAAGGAUUCUCUGGAUUGUGCUCCGGUACAACCGAAAAAGCACAACUCACGCAUCCUUAUUAGGUAUCAAAACGCUUCAUCGUAACAUCAUCAAAAACCCAUAGCUUCGUACAGACUUCGUACAUGUCCCUAUUCGUAGCACUUUACAAUCAGAAUACAACACGUACCUCUUCAUCAUCACCUUCCCCCCAAUUCUUUUCUCUCUUCGCGUCACUUCACUCGCAGCCCACAAUCUACUUCAUCCCCUGAAUUGUCCAUAGAUAUCGCCUGCCCGGUCAAUUGGCUCCCAACCGGAAUCUGUAUCUAAAAAGCGACAGGCAAUUCCAUUUCUCUUCUCCUCCACUCAAGCCUUCGGGCCUUAUUUGUUCCCUUUUCCUUACUACGUUGAGCCUGGUCCUUGGCUUGAAUAUUCCACCCCCCCCAGCAGCCCAGCUCGACUAGUAAACUAUCAACCCUUGAAAGCUCCGGCCUCUAUACUCCAAAGGGAAAAAUCGACCCGCUAAAGUAGAUUCGACGGAAUCUUGGUUAAACUUGUUAUAUAUGGUAUAUGGCUAGUGAUGAUGAAGAACUCUAAAAUCUCGCAAUCGGUAUUGGGAAACCACAAGGCACAUUUGAAGCGGACUCAAUUCUAUCGGUAAAGGGAGAAGAAAAGCUUUGUCAUUCGAUCAAAAGAUCUACGCUAUUUGCGCGGUACAAAGACUGGCAGAAGCUUCACAAUCAAUUGCGCACAUCUUAGACUUCCCCACGUACGCCACAGCUUGCAUCGAAGAUCUUCAAUCCAAAUUGUUCAGUACGAACCCAUGCCAUCUUCGACAACUCUGUUUGCAUGCUUCCGCACAUAUCAAGACUCGAAUACGCGAGCCCGUCAAAUUCUCUAACAUCACCGGGGCCGCCAUCUUUUUGAGGUUUGGAUGGUUAGGCAUGGUUUUCUAAACUUCCAUAGGGAGGAAUCGCGGGAUGAGCCUAUUAUCGCCAGGUAUGGAUACCAGAGAUUAUAAUGGGACGUCUGGAAGGGAAAACACUGUGCGCGACUGGGGAGAAAAUGCGGCGGAGACAUUGGCACGAAGAUUCUCUCCGAGUGAGCCACGACGAUCGCGGGGUCCUGGCCUAGAUACAACUAUUCGCACAGUUACACCCGAGCCUGUCGAGGUAACAGACGACAAUAUAAGCAUACUAGAGACUCCACCUAGACUCUUUCCAUCUGUGCAAACAUCGCCGCGGUCGAUACCUGGUGGGGAAAAGCCUAGAGAGCGCCGUCAAGGCCUUGUUUUCCAUGAUUCAUAUAGCAGUGACUCUAUUGACAAGCCUCCUCAGAGUACCAUGAGUCUUCGAUCUCGCCCUCGAACAUAUACCGUAGAUGCUACCACACGAAAAAGAUCAGGAUCGGGAGGGGCUCCUAGGAACAGGCAGCGCAUUGGUUCAAUACAUUCCACAAACUCAUCAUCUUUCCAUGAUAUCGAGCCACGAACCGAUACUAAUACCACCAUCGGGUAUCCGUCUACUUCUAAUAGAAACACGUUGACUAAAUCCAACUCUCUUAAAAAGGAAAAAGGGUCGGGUAGACGACUGGUUAAAAAGCAUUCACGCCCGACUUCGCCAUUUCAAGCAUUUGUAGAUAUACCUGCCGUCGAUUCUCUUCCAGAUCCUGUGCCUACUGGGAACGCUAAGAAAAUAUUGUGUCUUAUGAAAAGUUUACGCGGCCGUAUGAGGGGUGAAGUCGAAUAUCAGACAGUAGACCGCGGGCAAUGGUAUCGAGGUGUGUGCUAUAUUGACAACGUGAAAGGCUCUUUAAUGUAUGAGGACGACGAUAAAGGACCCUUUCACAUUGCUGUAGCAACCGACCUACGAGGAUGUAGGGUCAAACCGAUCAUAUACUCAUUGGAACGACAAGUAAGGUGUCUGGAGAUAUUAAAUCCAAGUCUCGGCUUAGACCUUCGUCUUUUACCAACGGACCCUGCUGAAUUUGAUAGCUGGUUAGCAGCGAUACUACCAUGGCAACAGAUCAGGCUAGCGUCAUCUUUGACAAGUCCGCUGAAAUCUCCAAUAGGGCAUCACGACGACAGACGUCCAGCAGUGGAUCGACGAGGUUCCGCGUAUAGUAAUAAAGACUCAAAUAUUAUCAAAGUAGCCAAGCUCCUUUUGUGGGACAAAGGGCCACCCCUAUCCCCUGAGUCUAUUAUCACUCGUCGUUCGACGCGACAUCUGCGCAACUCUGGACAACAGUGGCGUAGGAUAUCCUGUAUACUUCAGGACAAUGGCGAUCUUAAAGUUUUGACUGAGAAUGAUGCUUUAUUGAUUUCAGUCGUUCAGCUCCCACAACUAUCUAGAAGCGCAAUACAAAAGCUUGACAAGUCAGUACUGGGAGAAGAAUAUUGUAUUGCCAUAUUUCCACAGUACACUUCUACAUCCACAGACUUGUCCAUAUUUAGACCUAUCUACCUAGCAUUAGAGUCACGAUUGGUAUUCGAAGUGUGGUUAUGUCUCUUGAGGGCUUUCACAAUUCCAGAAAUAUAUGGUCAUGAUACCCCACAAACGGAAGAUCAUGACGAAGGUGAGGAAUCGCCUGAGGGAUAUCCUUCUUCAACUAACGAUAUGUUCCGAAUUGAAAAGUCUCUCAAUAUGCGAAUCGUUGAAGCUAAAUUUCGAAAAUCUGGCAUAAAAGCAGAGUUACCCCAGUAUGGCAGGCACUCGGUAAGGCCAGAGCCAGAUGGGAUUCUCGGUGACUACUUUGCAGAGGUCAUGCUUGAUGGUGAGGUUCGCACCCGUACAAUUACAAAGCUGGAGACUAGAAAUCCAUUUUGGCGAGAAGAGUGCGAAUUUACGGAUCUGCCUCCUUAUUUGCCAAAGCUAUCGAUAGUUCUGAAACGUAUGGAAAUGUCACAACUAACCGUACAAGGAUUCUUGUCAAGUUCAAGCGUUCAAAUGGCGGACCAGCAAGUGGAAACUAUUUGUGGAGUAGUUGAAAUAUCUGUUGACAAGCUCGAGCGAGGCAAGGAUAAUGAGGCAUGGUGGCCAAUUCUGGAUCAAAAUCAAGAGCAGGUUGGGGAGAUGCUAAUGAAAGUUCGACAUGAUGAAGUUGUUGUACUUCUUGCCAAAGAUUAUCAACCAAUCUCUGAGCUUCUGCAUAAUUUCAACAAUGGUUUGACACUUCAGAUAUCUCAAGUCAUACCCAAUAAUCUCAGACAACUAUCUGAGACACUGACAAAUAUAUUUCAAGUAUCUGGAAAUGGAUCAGAAUGGUUAAGAGCCUUAGUUGAAGACGAAAUCGAUGGCAUUGGAAAAGAAGCACCAACAAAACGGCUUAGAUACAGCAGGAGAAUUGGCUCGAAUGAGGUUUCCUUCACGUCCCUUGAACGUGAACAAUCGGUUCGAGAUAUGGGGAAAAGUCUCAAUACUGAAGCGAAUCUUUUGUUCCGAGGAAAUUCUCUACUAACCCAAUCUCUUGAUUUUCACAUGAGACGAGUUGGGAAGGAAUAUCUCUCUGAAAUCUUGGGAGAUCAAAUUCGAACCAUCAACAACAUUAACCCUGAUUGCGAAGUUGAUCCAUCUAGAAUUGAUAACGACGGCGCAUUCGAGAAGAAUUGGGUCUCGUUGAUUGCUUUAACUACUGACGUUUGGAGAUCAAUAGCAGAUUCUGCAACUCGAUGUCCACCUGAAUUGCGACAGAUCUUCAAGUAUAUUCGUGCGGUUGCUGAAGAUAGAUACGGAGAUUUUCUUCGUACUGUUGCAUAUACUAGUGUCUCUGGGUUCAUAUUUUUACGAUUUUUCUGUCCAGCAAUUCUUAAUCCAAAAUUGUUUGGACUACUCCCAGAUCAUCCCCAACCAAAAGCUCAGCGAACAUUCACUUUGAUAGCAAAAAGCUUACAAGCCUUAGCAAACUUAUCAAGCUUUGGUCAAAAAGAGUCAUGGAUGGAACCGAUGAACAAAUUUCUGUAUCAGCAUCGUCAAGGUGUGAAGGAUUUUCUCGAUUCUAUUUGUGCUAUAGCCCCGGAUCGUACAACGUUUGCAGUUCCUGCGUCCUAUUCCACGCCCAUUACCAUUCUCGCAAGACUACCUCCCACUUCUAGAGAAGGGUUUCCUUCUUUGCCGUAUUUAAUCGACCAUGCAAGAAGUUUUGCCGACUUGGUCAAAUUAUGGCUAGAAGGAACCUCGCAUUCCAUGACUCAAUACUUUGAAGGCGAUCUUGCUGAGUUCAACAAUUUGUGUAUAGCUCUCAAGAAGCGCACCGAUGAAUGUAUACUCAAAGCCGAAGAGUACGGUGAUCGUGUUGCCGAUCAGGUUUCUCUUCAGUUUGAAGAUAUAGUCGAAGGUCUUCAAUCUACACAUUUCCAGGAAUCCCCUCAGAUUCACCCACUUCCUCCAACACAAUCACAUUUCCAACCAGAUUCGGAACAACAACACUCUAUCCUCCCACCUCCUUGGCAGGAUUACUCAAUGAGUAACAGCAAUGCCACAAGUAUAAAUGAUACGAGCCAAACACAUCUUCGCGCUCCCGGUUCCGCAGGCAGUGGGAGUGAAAAAAUAGGUACGAUCUCUAUCUUGAGUAGUAAAGAAAAAGAAAAGAAGGAGAAACAAAAUUUCUGGGAGGCAACUUUUGGGAAGGACUCAAAAUAUCAGAGACCUUAUGCGCCACCGUUAGAUCACAGUGCACAAAAUUUGGGUAUGCAAGCCUCUAGUCCGCCAGGGGGAAAGGGGGUAGCGGGGUUUGGACUUAAUAGACAGGAAAAACAAAGUAGGAGUUUUCUAGGUGGAUUGAGGAGGAAGGGAAAACAUGAACCGAAGAGUCAGGGGAGUGGAAGUAGUAAUGAUGGGGGUUUCAUAAUGGCACCUGCAACGGGGAUGGGGAUGGGUAUCCCAGAGGGAAUGAGUAUUGAUACUGGCGCUGGAAGGGGUGUGAGGGGAGAAGGCUUCAGAGAAGAAAUUGUGUCGCCUACGAUGGGGAGUUGGGGACACAUGCAGAGAGAAGGGAGGGGUGAUGGAGGCAUGUUUUAGUAUGGAAGGAGGAGGGCAGAGUCAAUAACGAGAGAAGGAUGAUGAGAAGGAUGAUGAGAAGGAUGAUGAGAAGGAUGAUGAGAAGGAUGAUGAGAAGGAGGAGGAGAGUGUUGAGAUGAAAGGAGAGAGUGUCUUCGACUUGUGAAACUCUAUAUUGAGCACCCAUAUUACUUUUGCUAGCAAUAUUCUUAUGUCAACCAAAUAUCUAUUAUAUAUUUAUCAAUAUCUAUAUUCAUUAUCCA